UGGUUCAACUCUAAUUAGAUCAACUGUAAAAGAAAAAAAAAGUUUGACUCACUCGAUUCGUUUCGACUUUCUCUUUUGUGAUUUUAUUUAUGAAAUAAUAAGUGGUUUCAAUAACAGUGAGAAGUUAUUUUAUUGAUAAAGUGAUAGUGCAUACACAAUGGGUGACGGGUGCCAAAAAUGUCUAACGCGAGUGCCUCAUGCUACUCUCAUAGCAACCAUUAUGUGCUGUUUGGGCGUGGGGGUAUUUUGUGGAACCAUGUACCGAGGAUCCGCUCUUUCGAUACUUAUGUUUGAUGAAGUAUUCCACUUCCGACUAAUAUGGAUCGAAGCCCUGCAAAUGAUAUUCAUAGUGGGUAGCGCCUGUAUGGCCGCCCUGGGUUUCAUGUUGCUAUGUUUGGGUUGCUUAACGACAGGUGCCACUAGACAAAAAGUGUACCGGGCAUGGAGGGCCCGUGUCGGCGGUAGAAUAUCCUGUGCUGUAUUCAUGAUCAUCACCUACAUUCUGACAUUCACAUGGAUUCUGCUGCUCGGAUUCUUAGUCAUAACGACAUUUCUGUUUACUAUAUUCUGGAAACUUUGUUCGAAACCGAAAAAUAUCGAACUGUUGACGUGUAUCGACUUUACGCAAUUCGAUUUCAUGUUCCCGUCAACGGUCAAGCAAGAAGACAUGAAAAUAUGUGAGGCGCACAAAAUGAAAUUAUUCUGCAAAGAUUAUGUGGAAAAGGCAGAGUUUAUGUUCAUUCUAGCGAUGGUUUCCUGCAUACUUGUUAUCCUGAGCUUAGUGCACUAUUUGAUGUGCUUGUCUGCAAACUAUGCACAUAUUCGGGAUCAUGAGAAGUUCCAAGAACUGCAGGAGCUUCAGUACCUCACCAACCCUGACCUGCAUGCAUCCAAAGAUCGCUUCUAGUAUAUGGCCCGCGCACCUCUACUGCGCUCCCUAGAGGCAUCUACGAAAAUGUGA